GUAGAUUCCCAUAGAAACACAUAUAUAUACCUAUAUAUUAUACAAUGUCCUAUAUAUAUUCAUACAUUACUUCUUUCUUCAAAUCGGCAGGUCCAGUCACUCCAGAAAUUCUUAGUGGAUUAAAGUCAAAUAUCGAUUCUGCUAAAGUUGUUGUCUAUUCAAAGACUUACUGUCCAUAUUGUAAAUCUACCAAAUCAUUAUUAGAAAGUAUUGGUCAAGAGUAUAAAGUUGUUGAAUUGGACACUAUAUCGGAUGGACUUACAUUGCAAAAUGGUUUACUUGAAUUAACUGGUCAAAAAACAGUACCAAAUGUGUUUAUCUCAGGUAAACAUAUUGGUGGAAAUUCAGAUAUUCAAGCCUUGAAUGCAUCUGGAAAGUUAAAGGAAUUACUUGCUUAGAAUUUUAAUAGAUUAUAGUGAUAUGUAUCAACUAUUUCUCUAAUUAUACAACUAUUCCUAU